AGUCGGAGAGACACGUGAGGCUCUGCUACGUCAUCACCAGGCACGCGCAGGAAACAUGGCGGCGGCGGGUGUUGUGAGCGGGAAGAUUAUAUAUGAACAAGAAGGGGUAUAUAUUCACUCAUCUUGUGGAAAGACCAAUGACCAAGACAGCUUGAUUUCAGGAAUAUUACGUGUUUUAGAAAAGGAUGCUGAAGUAAUAGUGGAUUGGAGACCACUGGAUGAUGCAUUGGAUUCUUCUAGUGUUCUCUAUGCUAGAAAGGACUCCAGUUCUGUUGUAGAGUGGAGCCAGGCCCCAAAAGAAAGAGCUCAUCGAGGAUCAGAAUAUCUGAACAGUUAUGAAGCAGAGUGGGACAUGAUUAAUACAGUUUCAUUUAAAAAGAAACCACAUACCAAUGGAGAUGCUCCAAGUCAUAGAAAUGGGAAAAGCAAAUGGUCAUUCCUGUUCAGUUUGACAGACCUGAAAUCAAUCAAGCAAAACAAAGAGGGUAUGGGCUGGUCGUAUUUGGUAUUCUGUCUAAAGGAUGACGUCGUUCUCCCUGCUCUGCACUUUCAUCAAGGAGAUAGCAAACUACUGAUUGAGGCUCUUGAAAAAUAUGUGGUGUUGUGUGAAUCUCCACAGGAUAAAAGAACACUCCUUGUGAAUUGUCAAAAUAAGAGUCUUUCACAGUCUUUUGAAAAUCUCCUUGAUGAACCAGCAUAUGGUUUAAUACAAAAAAUUAAAAAGGAUCCUUAUACAGCAACUAUGGUAGGAUUUUCCAAAGUCACAAACUACAUUUUUGAUAGUUUGAGAGGCAGCGAUCCCUCUACACAUCAACGACCACCUUCAGAAAUGGCGGAUUUUCUUAGUGAUGCAAUUCCAGGUCUAAAGAUAAAUCAACAAGAAGAGCCCGGAUUUGAAGUCAUCACAAGAAUUGAUUUGGGAGAACGACCUAUUGUGCAAAGGAGAGAGCCAGUAACACUGGAAGAGUGGACUAAAAACAUUGAUUCUGAAGGAAGAAUUUUAAAUGUGGAUAAUAUGAAGCAGAUGAUAUUUAGAGGGGGACUUAGUCAUGCAUUGAGAAAACAAGCAUGGAAAUUUCUUCUCGGUUAUUUUCCUUGGGACAGUACCAAGGAGGAAAGAACUCAAUUACAAAAACAAAAAACUGAUGAAUACUUCAGGAUGAAACUGCAGUGGAAAUCUGUCAGUGAGGAACAAGAGAAGAGAAAUUCGAGGUUAAGAGAUUAUAGAAGUCUUAUCGAAAAAGAUGUUAACAGAACAGAUCGAACAAACAAGUUUUAUGAAGGCCAAGAUAAUCCAGGAUUGAUUUUGCUUCAUGACAUUUUGAUGACUUACUGUAUGUAUGAUUUUGAUUUAGGAUAUGUGCAAGGAAUGAGUGACUUACUUUCCCCUCUUUUAUAUGUGAUGGAAAAUGAAGUGGAUGCCUUUUGGUGCUUUGCUUCUUACAUGGACCAAAUGCAUCACAAUUUUGAAGAACAGAUGCAAGGCAUGAAGACCCAACUAAUUCAGCUGAGUACCUUACUUCGAUUAUUGGACAGUGGAUUUUGCAGUUACCUAGAAUCUCAGGAUUCGGGAUACCUUUAUUUUUGCUUCAGAUGGCUUUUAAUCAGAUUUAAAAGGGAAUUUAGUUUUCUAGAUAUUCUUCGGUUAUGGGAGGUAAUGUGGACUGAACUACCAUGUAAAAAUUUCCAUCUUCUUCUUUGUUGUGCUAUUCUGGAAUCAGAGAAGCAGCAAAUAAUGGAAAAGCAUUAUGGCUUCAAUGAAAUACUUAAGCAUAUCAAUGAAUUGUCUAUGAAAAUUGAUGUGGAAGAUACACUGUGCAAAGCAGAAGCAAUUUCUCUACAGAUGGUAAAAUGCAAGGAAUUGCCACAAGCAGUUUGUGAGAUCCUGGGUCUUCAAGACAGUGAAAUUACAACACCAGAUUCAGACACUGGUGAAGAUGAAAAUGUUGGCCUGACGAGUCCUGCAUCUGCGUUUCAGAGUAACACCUUGCCUGCACUUGCUGCAAGUGGAGCCAGAGAUGAGAGCCCAACACAGACACCAGCAUCUCCAAAUGUCAACAGACUAACACCUUCAUGAGCAUUCUUGUAUUUUUUUUUUUUUUGGAAGAGACUUUGUUGCAACUCUUCCUCAAGUACUUGAAUGUUGGAAAUUUAAAAUCUUGGUAUUGAUCAUGCUUUAAAGUUUAUGGAAACAAAAUGUACUGAUGUUCUUGCAUUAAAGCUUUACAAAGAUUUCAGCUAA